CGCAAAGUACCCAGCGCGCGUAGCCCCCAAGAAGAGCUCUAUCAUGCGGACGACAUCCUUCCUGCUCGCACUCGCCGCGGUGGUACCGUCGUUCGCAAAUCCGCUACAUAUGAGGCUGCGCCGCGACUCAGUAGCUCCACCCAUCACGAACCCCACUGCGGGCACCGUGUGGCGAGCCGGGGAAACGCAGAUGAUUACAUGGGAUGUCGAGGCUUUGCACGGCGUUCACCCAUCCAAUCCUCUUGCCAAAAUUUAUCUCGGCACCGUUACCCCGCAAGGGGGGGAGAAGUUCAUGCUUGGCGACCCCCUCGCGUCUGGGUUCCCCAUUCUGGGCGGGAAUGUGAACCUGACUGUCCCCUCCGUUCCCUCGGGGGACAACUACUUCGUAUGCGUGUUUGGCAGCACCCGUGACACGAGCGCCGCAUUCACGAUCAUAGGAGUCGAUACGGACGAAGGCACUCCGUCGCAGUCACCCUUGAUUUUUGCAGGCGGACAUUUGGCUCAUUGAAAAUCAUCAUUGUAUCAUUAUUCUCCGGUUUCGUUCAAGGACAUCUUUCCCGUACUUAUUCGGUUUGCAUAGCAUACCUACAUCCUUCGCAUGUUUGCGCUCUGCGCUCAUCAGCUUGUCCUAUUCCAAGUGUCCUUCCCCUGAUGUUCAUCUUCGAUCGACAUUGCC